AUGGAUGUGUGGAACAAUAUAAGAAGAAUAAUUCAAUUAUCUGACGAUGAGGAGGAUAAUGAGAGUGUCUUAAUAUUUGCUGCUCUUUUAGAAGAUCAGAACUUCUAUCAAAAGAGGCGUUGUAGGGAUUCCAUUUUACAAGGGGAAACAUAUGUUAUGGAGAUUUUAAACGGCCAUAGAGAAAGAUGUUAUGAAAAUUUUAGGAUGUACCCUGAAGUUUUUAGAAUAUUGUGUAGUACCCUGAAAGAUGGAACCCACAUUCCUGCAACUCUGCCAGCAAGUACACAACUUCCAUUUCGUGGUAGAAAGGGUUAUACCACACAAAAUGUAAUGGCUGUAUGUGACUUUGACAUGAGGUUCACAUAUGUGCUAGCUGGGUGGGAAGGCUCAGCUAAUGAUUCGAGAAUCCUAAAUGAGUGUACUGAAAAUGAGGCAAUGAACUUUCCAACUCCACCAGCAGGUAAGUAUUAUUUGGUGGACUCAGGGUAUACCAAUAAGCUUGAUUAUUUGGCCCCAUUUCGAGGUCAUACUUACCACUUUCAGGAAUACCGUAGGACUAGACAACCUCGUGGUCGGGAGGAAGUGUUCAAUCAUAGGCAUUCAUCUUUGAGAAAUAUAGUUGAGCGAUGCUUUGGGUUAUUGAAGAUGAGAUUCGCUAUUUUGAGGGCAAUGCCUCCUUAUAAGUUUUCAACACAAGUAUUGAUUGUAAUGGCUUGUUACACAUUACAUAAUUUUAUCAAAAAUCAGCAUCAGCCUGAUGACAUAUUUGAUGGUAAUGAUCCUCCUCAAAGUGAUAGUGAAGAUGAUGAGAUUGUUGAGCAUGUGCCUUCGGCUCAGCUUCGAGAAAUGGAUCAAUUGCGUAAUACUAUUGCUGAUCAGAUUUGGAAUUCUCUUCUGCACUCUUGA